GAAGUGAACCCUAGAAAAUUUCCCCUGUCCGUCUCCUCUUGUUAGUGCUGCUCAUCUGUUGAUUUCUUCUUGUAGUUCAACAUGGUAUCAGAGCAGAAGAUCAAUCUGAGUGUCGUCGGUCGCCGGUGAGCCUCCGGAGUCAACGCCGUGAGUGGCGGAAGCAGAGGUGGUGGUGGCUUGGGUAGUCCACCCGUGAAGGAAAAGCUAGGUGGAGGACGAAGAUCCUGCAGAUUCAAGGUGACCCGGUGAAUCUGGAAUCAAGGGAAUCGCCCCGAGCUUGUGCGGCAAAUCAGCUUGUAGUGGAACUGAGAGUGGACCAUCGACUGUCACAGUAGGUGAGCUUGCGGCUGUCCUGGAAGCCAUGGAUGCGAGGUACAAACCACUGUUUGAUGCAAUGAGCAAACAAGGGGAGAGCUCAAGGUCUGAAGGUGAAAACAAAGAAGAAAUCCACCCAUUACAAAUGCCUCAUGUUAAACUGGAUGGUGCUGAUAGUUACGGAAGCUGGGCUGAGCAUGUAGAAACUAUACUUGUGUCCAGGAAGCUUGAGGGAUAUGUGCUUGGAACGAUUCACAAGCCAGCUGAGGAAAACACCAAGGAAGGCCAGAAGUGGAAGACAACAAACGCUCUUAUACGAGCCUGGUUAUUGAGUUCAGUUUCACCCCAAAUAGCAAAGCAAGUAGAGAGAAUCAAGGAUGUUUCAGAGAUUUGGAGGUUGCUGAAGGGUAUGUUCUCCGGUGUUGGGAAUGAAAUGCUUGCCUGCAAGAUACAGAAGGAACUACAAGAGGUCAGACAGGGCGACAAAUCUGUGGUUGAUUAUGUGUCUGAGCUGAAGCGUCUAUGGAGCGACAUGGAUUAUUACGACCCACUCAAACUGGAGUGUAGCAAUUGUGUAGAAGCAUACAACAAAUGGAUGGAAAAGAGACGUGUAAGGGAUUUCUUGAACGGUCUAAAUCUCAAGUUUGAAAAUCGCAGAGCAGCAAUUUAUGGCAGUGAAAAGUCACCAAGCCUGGAGCAGGCAAUAUCAGCUAUCAUCAGCGAGGAAACGAGACUGAAGCUGGAAGCAGGGGGAGCUACAACACAUCCCAUACAUGGAAGGUCUGUGAUGUUUGCCGCUGGAGCAGGGAAUCAACAAAGAAUAGUAGUACCUAUAAGUGAAAGAACUUGCUUUGAAUGUGGUCUGACAGGACACAUGCGCUCGGCAUGUCCUCAGCUGAUUGGGACUGCUCGAGGACGGGGACAGGACUGGUCAGGAAGAGGUCGUGGUCGUGGUAAUUUUUUUCGUGGAGGAGGACGUGGACGAGGCGGCAGAUUUAGUGGUCGAGCAAACAUCUCAAUGGUGAGUGAAGAUACAUCUCAUACUGUUAACAUACAAAUGAGUACCGAGGAGCUGGAAAAAUGGCAUAAGUUCAGAGAAACCGUAGCAAGGGAGAAAUCACAGUCGGCAGAAGCCUCUACAGCGUCUGCAACUCCAAGUGGAUCUUGGGACUGGAAGAAGAAUUGGGAAGGGGACAAUGCGUGAUGGCCUAUAUUACCUAGAUGAAGAAGCAUCAUCAUUGCUAGCUGCCGCUGUGUCAUACUCGUCAGUGAAUGAGGUCUUGAUGCUACACCGACGUUUGGGACACAUUCCUUUUGCAAGUUUGAGUAAACUCUAUCCAGACCUGUGUAACAAGGUUAGUAAGGAGGGGUUAGUGUGUGAUGCCUGUGAGUAUGGGAAACAUACCAGGAACACAUAUGUAUCACGUAAUAUUAGGAGUGCAAAUCCAUUCUGGACUAUACACUCUGAUGUAUGGGGUCCUAGUGGAGUCAGUUCCUUUUUGGGGUACCGUUACUUUGUGACUUUUAUAGACUGCUGCACUAGGACAACAUGGGUAUAUGUAUUGAAAAACAAAAAUGAUGUCUACGAAUGUUUUAAGGAUUUCUAUAAUAUGAUCAGAAAUCAA